AUGAGUUCGACGUCGGAUGCUCCUUCCGCCACCUCUUCGGCCGCCAACGUGGCCGGAAACUUUAUAGGAAGCAAGCCGUCCACAGUGCUGUUUUUCAUCGCGCUGUGCGUGGGCGUCAUCAUUGCCGUUCUAUUUAUAUUCUUCACCUUCAGAUACCUUGUGCGGUCUCGCUUUGGGCUGUACAGCUCGGCGCCGCAGUUUGCCCGCAAUCCGUUCUACAUGGGCCCCACGGGGCGCGCGUCCAUGAACGGCCUCCAGCCGUACUUUGAGCACGACAUCGCCCUCAACCUCGCGGGCCACCGCCAUCUGCACGGGUACCGUCCCCGUCGCCGCGAGGGGUACUCGCGGAAGCGCAAGCUAACGCAGGAGGAGGUCGACGACCUGUUCCCGCUGAAAACGUACGCCAAGUGGCUCAACGGUGGCCAGGAGGAUGUCAUCAACAGGAACGAGGGCGUCCUGGUGUACGAGGAGGACGCUGGACAUCGGAACACUCCUGAGGAGCAGGACGACUUCCAGGACGCGCGGUCCUCGCCGCCAGAGGAGGUUGAUCUGGCCGACCAGAACAAAACCGACAACAUCGAGCUUAGCGAAACAGUUCCUGCUACAGCCUCGUCCGCCGACGCCGCACAGGACCUCCACUUCACCUCUGGGAUGUGCGCAAUCUGUCUGGACAAUUUGCUGGACGACGACGAGGUCCGCGGCCUGAUCUGCGGUCACGUGUUCCAUGCCGACUGCGUGGACCCCUGGCUCGUCAAUCGGCGCGGCUGCUGUCCGAUGUGCAAACGUGACUUCUUCAUGCGCGACCAGACCCGUUCGCGCCACACCAACGAGGCCCAGGGCGACCGCAGUCUCGACAGCAUCUUCAACGACGCGGAGUCGGUGAGCGACCUGUUCUUCCCGCGUUCCACCAAGUUCAAGGCCCAGACGCUGCUGGCAUCGUUGCAGCUCGUGCGCAACGGCGAGUACGCGACUGAGGGCCAGACGUCGGCUGCAACGGCGCCGCCUACCGGCCCGAUCGAGGAGGUUACCCCGAUGCACAACAGCGACUUCAACCGACCACCCAUGCCGGAGCUGCGCUCGCUGCAGUCGUCCAUCAUGGAGAUCGUCAACGAGAGACCGUUCCACCCAGACGACUUGCGCGACAUCGACACGCUCGCGUUCCAGACCGUCAACGACAAGUUCACGAUGCUGUCGGCGAUUUUCUGGCGCAUCAUGGGCAUCCGCAAAGAGGACCUGUACUACCACUACGUGCUGGUGUUCUACGAGCGCAACCGCAGCGCACGGCUCAGCUCGCGGCCCGGUGGCGAGCCCGAGCAGCCGCAGCAGCCCGAGCAGAUGGUGUGA